AUGCCAAGAUCAAAAAGAUCGAAACUGGUGACUUUAGCCAGAACUGAGAAGAAGGGACGUGCUAACAAGGUCAGAAUAUUUGAUGACGUUAGAAAAGCUUUGGAUACACAUAGAUAUGUGUGGGCCUUAGAUCUCGAAGGACUGCGAACCCCAGAUAUGCAGGAUCUCAGGCGUGACUGGACUGGUUCUAAGUUGAUAUUAGGAAAGAAAAAGGUUCUUAGAAAGGCAUUAGGUGAAACGCCAGAAGAAGAAUACAAGGACAAUCUAAACGAACUAACCGAUUACGAUAGUGAUGGAUUUGUUGGAUAUCUUUUCACAGACGAGACGCCUGAAACUGUUGAGGCUUAUUUUAGAGCAUAUGUUAAGACAGGCUUCUCUAGAGCUAAGAGCAAGUCCCCAAUAACAUUUGUUGUUCCAGAAGGUAUAUUGUACUCUAGAGCAGGACAAAUUCCUGUGGAGGAGGAUGUUCCAAUGCAACACACUAUGGAGCCAAUGCUCAGAAACAAGUUUGAGAUGCCAACUAAGAUAGUGAAAGGAAAGAUUACUUUGACAGAAUCAUAUCCUGUGGUAAAGGAAGGUGAGGUGCUCAGUGUUAAGCAGGCACUUAUUUUGAAGACUUUCGGUGUUGCCGCCGCUGAAUUUAGAGUGAAGAUGUUGGCCUAUCAUGAUGGUGAAUCAAGCAAAGUAACAGAGGUGGAUGGUAAGAAAAAGCCAAAGAAAGGAGCUGCCGAUGAAGCAGAUGAUAAAGAAUAA